CUUCAGGACUAUGGACUGUUGAAUCAGCAGCCAGCCAGCCAUGGGGCAGACACAGCAUACAGAGAACAGUGAGCAGAUCGAUGUCAAAGCAAUUCAGGACAUGUAUAAAAAGUUUGUCAUGGAGUGCCCAAGUGGACUACUUUUCCUGCACGAGUUCAAGCGUUUCUUCGGUGUGGACCCGACAGGGGAAGCGUCUGACUAUGCGGAGAACAUGUUUCGAGCUUUUGACCGAAAUGGGGACAAUACAAUUGAUUUCCUUGAGUUUGUGGCAGCACUGAACCUUGUUUUCCGGGGAGACACGGAGCAUAAACUGCGCUGGUCAUUCAAGGUGUAUGACAAAGACGGAAACGGCUAUGUGGACAGGGACGAACUAUGGUCAAUAAUCGAUAGCCUCUUCCGGAUAAAGAAAGGCUCAAAAACGGACGUGAGUGACUCACAGCUUACAGUAGAUGAGGUUGUGGAUCGAAUAUUACUGGCCGUCGAUAGUGAUGGAGAUGGUCAUAUUAACCUGGAGGAGUUCAUUAGAGGGGCGCAGCAGGACCCAUGGGUGCUCAACAUGUUGAAGCUGGACAUGAACCCUGCUGGAUGGGUGCUGGAGCAGCGGCGAAGGAGUGCGCACUUCUGAAAUGUCAAAGCACAUAGGCCUUUCCCCGAAGGGAGAACAAUCAAUCCAGGCAUUGAAAAUGUAUGAAAUACAUAUUUUUUCAACUACAGUUAGAAUUCACUUUGGAUACUUCGUCAGCAUAAUGCAGUUUCAUAUUCACAGACUGUUCAGAACUGGCCAUCAGAUGGCUUUUAAUAAAUGAAUAGCACUUAAAAUCUUAAAAUGUGGGACUAUAACACACAGUACAAAUGCACAGAAACAUUUAUAAUUACUACUUUUUCUAUUGUAUACAUCAUGCUCUCCUUUCACUAUUAAAACUAUGAUACUGGUUAAGCUUAAAGUAACAGUGUGUAGCAUUGAGGGGGAUCUAUUGGCAGAAAUGGAAUAUAAUAUUAUGGGGUUUUUUUGUGAAUUAUCACCUGAAAACACAAAUCGUUGUGUUUGCGUUACCUUAGAAUGAGCUGUUUAUAUCUACAUAGGGCGCGUGUCCUCUUCACAAACCCAGCCGCCAUGUUUCUACUGUACCCCAGAAUACCAAACACCGGCUCUAGAUAGGGCCAUUGGCGUUUUCACGUCGGCCACUAUAGUUGUCCUACAAGCUCGGCACGCAGGAGAAGUUCAGUUCAGCUCAGUUGGUUGCA